AGACUGAGCACUUCUGCCUCAAACUACCACAGCAAUCAAUUUCCCAACAACAGGAGCCGCUUCACACCGCUGACAAGAGCACACUGGUCCACAAUUCAGGAUUAAACCCUGGAGCAAAAGUGGAAUAUUGAAACCUAAAAUCAAGGCAUCAUCUGAGUAACUUUCUAAAGUCAUAAGAGAGCGAAGGAGGAGGAGGAGGAGAGAGGGGCUUUCAAACUUCAGGAUCAUCAGGUUACGGUUGCGUUUGGGGCCGUAGCAGUUCUUUCAGCUGCGGCACACAUGCACACAUGACUCAUAUUACCUCCAGUCAUACGCUGGUCGGGACGGAGCAUCAGGUCAGACAUGCCUUCCAUAUUUUUCAUAUCGUGAAGAUCUGAACAAACUGUCUGUGCUCGUUUUUUUCUGCUUCUUCAUGUUUUUUCUGUGUGUUAUAAGGCAGACGUGACCGAAGCAGAUCAGUUUCCUACAUCACUCAUUACUGAUUCAUGAGUACCAGUCAUUACAAGGCAUUAUAUGUUUGGGACAGACUGGUGUACUGUACACAGAGACGGGUUUGCGCAUUCUUGGAAGGCCUGCUUUGACUUUUUAGGAGCUGGAAGCAGAAGAUGCCACGCUGGUCGAUACAUGUACCAUGAGGAGCACAGGAGAUCUACGCUAAAGACAGAACAGAGAAAACACUUCACCUGGACACAUUUCACAGGUCACGUUGAGCCCAUGCGGUGGUCCAUGCUAGUCCUGCUGCUCCUGUCCUGCAGCCAGACGUUUGCCCAGCGCCCAGGAGACAUCUGCCCACAAAACCCCCACCACGGUCAAGAUGUCACAGCCAACACUGUGCCCACCGUGGAUCCCAAACUCUUCAACAAGAGGCGGUACCGCUCACCACGCGUGCUCUUCAGCGAACACCCGCCCGACUCUGAACCCUCCCGGAGCAGGACCAAGAGGAAAGCAGGACCGCCUCAACAUCGCGGCGUUUACUCCGUCUGCGAGAGCAUCAGCCAUUGGGAGGGAAAUAAAACCAAAGCCACAGACAUCACAGGCAAUGAGGUCACCGUUUUACCUGACGUAAUCAUCAACAACUCCAAGAAAAAGCAAUACUUUUUUGAGACCACCUGCAGCAGCGGGCGAACCGGAGGCUCUGGGUGUUUAGGGAUCGACGCCCGCCAUUGGAACUCAUAUUGCACCAAUUCGCAUACAUUUGUACGUGCGCUGACUUCAUUCAAGAACCUGGUGGCGUGGAGACUCAUAAGGAUCAAUGUAGCUUGCGUGUGUGUGCUGAGCAGAAAGUCUUGGAGAGCAUGACAAACUAGCAGAUUUUCCACACACCAGCGACGGCCUUAAUGAUAUCAAACUCGAGUCUAUUACAGUAUGUGAUGGUGGAUGUUUUCCAACCCUUCUUGACAACUAGUGACACAAAACAGACCUUCCAAGGAGGAUAAUUAUGAUGUGUUUGUGUCACAGGAUGCUACAGUGGAAUGAGUUGGGUUUUUCCACGUCUUUUUUUUAAGCUUUCGUCUUUUUAGAAUAAUUCUCAGCAGUACGAGAACAUGUACAUAUAUUGUUGUGUGUGGUAACUGUUAUUUAUUAAACCGCAGCAUUAUUGUUCAUUUACUGUGGGUCCUCAGUGUGCAUAUUAAGAGAUAAAAUAAAGGAACAUUUUGGAUUAAAUAAAAAGUUUAAUUUAAA